UGGUGGCGAAGUGGUUUCUCCUGCUCUUUUGUCAAACCACACUGGGCCCACUACAGCACAUGCCCCCCUACUCCACUCUCUCUCUCUACAGCUCCGCUGCACAUGCCUCUCUCUCUCUCUCUCUAGGACACGUCUUGGAUUCCUACUCCAUGACCCUAGAACCCAUUAAUCCUUAGAGUGUUGGAGGUAAAAGCCACAACCGACAGUCUCUUGCUCUCUCUUCUUGGAUAGUGUGCUUUUAUUUUUUGGGGAGAUUUUGGGUCUUGUUGCAGAUUCUUGAGGAAUUUGGUUUGUUGAGGAAGUUUGAGGAAAGAAGUGGUGUUUUUAGUUUUCAGGUGGAGAUAGACAUGGAGGCUAACAAGCACAAGACUAGCUAUCACCACCCACCUGCCAGAUUAGAUUAUUUUGUUGAUGCAGGGCAAGAUAAAAAUGAUAUUUGGGUGUGCCACAAAUGUGGGUGGACAUACCCAAACCCACACCCAAGUGCAAAGCACAGAAGAAAUCACAAGAAGCAUUGUGGAAAAAUUGAAGGUUUCAAAUUGAUCGACUCUGAUGACAAAUCACACACCAAUCUCUCUGACAAAGAGGCUUCUGAUGAAGAUCAUGAACCCCAAGAAGCCCCAAAACCUGCAGCAGCCGCAAGUUUAUCGGAUGAUCUCAAGGAUUUAAAAGAUGCUGGUUCAGAAGGAUUAAGCAAUGAGAAAGAUGUUAACAGUGAAGUCAAAAGAGAAGGAAUAAACAAAACUGAAGAAGAGGAGUCCACUGAUGCAGUUGCUGAAUUUACACGUACCGUUACUAGUUUGGUGCCUGCAACAUCUUCUGCUGUUGGGUCUGAACAUGGUUCAGUAAUGGAAUCACUCGGCCAUGAUUCCGGUGUUGUUUCAGAAUCGUCACCGUUGAUAACGGAUAAAAUGGUAAAUUCUGGUGGUCUAUUUCCUCCAGAUGAAACUAUGCAACAUUGUGAAGAAUCUACUUCCAAAACAAAUGGGACGGAAAUAAAGAAUGAGACUGUUGCUUCUGAUAAGGGUGAAAUAAGGGAAUUGCUUUUAAGCUCUGAAGAUGAUCCUAAGGAUCCUUUGGAUUCAAUUGGAGCAUCAGAGCAAGUGGAAAUGGACCAUAAUGCAAGUGGUAUAGGUGCAAUUCCAAGUAUGAGUGGUCUUGCGUGUAUCUUGGAAUCAGAUCAUCGCCAAGUGAAGGUCUUAGGGGAUAGCGAACCACGGACCUUGCAUUUUGAGGAAAGCCAUGUUGUGGAAGCUCACAGUAUUCAUGUUCCUUUGGGGCAAAAUGAAUCAAUCCAUAAUAACCUAUCACAAAAGCCUGAUGCCUCAGAAAGCAAAACGGAACAGUUGGAUUCCUUUGAAGAUUCUUUCCCAGAGCAAAGGGACGAGUCACCUGUAGCCGAGGCAGCGGAAAACAGUCGUAUUUCCCCCAAUUGUCCAUCAAAAAUUUUGGAUGUGGGAAGUGCACCUUUGACUGAAAGUACUGAUAUGGAUGGGAAUGUGAUGGAAAGCAUAGGUGUUGCAGCAACAAUUGAUUCCUACGUCGAAAGUGAUUCAGUUAGAAAUUUAUCAGCAAUGGAAAUAUUGGCAGAGAAACAUGCAUAUGAGAUAAAUUCUAACAGUUGUGAAGUUUAUGGGUCGUCUGAGGUAACGGAUUCAAAGGAUUCAAUAUCCAGUUCCCCAGAGGAAAAGAACUCCGAUGCUCUUGAUAAGCCAUCUCUAGAUUCUGAUUCUGGCUCUGUGGUAGCCCAAGUAGAUGAAAAGAAGUCAGAGGAACUGGAGGGCCUCUUAGUUUCUGGUGCUGAAACAAUAACGAAGACUGGAGACCAUCUUAGAGGUUCACCUGAUGCAGAAAUGGCUGAAGUGAUUUCUUCUACCCAUGAGAAGGGGUCACACCAGUCUUUGAGUCAAGGUAAUAAAUUCAUGGAGAGCCUUGAUCAAGGCCAUGGUGGGGCCAAGGGGAAAGAAGCUGAUGAAAGCAAUGAAGGUUCUACUUCAUCCAGUGGAGACCAAGGAGAAAUUCUUCAAACAGACAAGGAGUCAACACUUGAUCAGAGUGCUAAGAUUUGUGAAAGCAAUAGCAUUCAAGCUAGAGACAAAGCUCUUUUAGAUUCUGAAGUAGAUGAUGGGCUUGACACCCAUUCAAAAGUCACUAGUGCAGAAUCUAUUCUGAGUGCAAUAUCUCCUCUUGGAGAGAAGGACAAUGUCUCUCGAAAUGCUGUAGCAGUUGAUGGGCUUGAAUCCUCUACCAGUGUUUCAGAUGAGGUGAAUGUGAGUACGGGAAGGAAUCCCGAGGUCGCAGUUGCUGAUCCAAGUGCAGUGGAUCUAAUGGAGGUCCCUUGUCUGGAUAGUGGAGCAUCAUUUUCUUCUACAAAGGAACUUUCUGAAGAGGAAAUUUCCAGGAAAACCUCACAGGAAUCUCAUUCAGAAGUAAUUGCAGUGAAUGAUCCAGUCUUUUCUGUUACUUUGGCAGUUGAGGGAAAAGCUACUGAAAGUGAUAGCGUUGGCUUAGCUGGGACUCAUGCACAAAUAUCUCGCGAGGGACAGAAAUCUUCAGCAGCAGCCAUGGUUACAGAUUCUAGUGGUCCAGUGGCAGAUGAAACAGAGGUCACUGCCCCAAGUCUGUCUAAGGAUGUAGAUGAUGCAGAGGUCACUGCCCCAAGUCUCUCUAAGGAUGUAGAUGAUGCAGAGGUCACUGCCCCAAGUCUCUCUAAGGAUUUAGAUUCUGAAGUAGAUGAUGGGCUUGAAACCCAUUCAAAAAUUACUAGUGCAGAAUCUAUUCUGAGUGCAAUAUCUCCUCUGGGAGAGAAGUACAAUGUCUCUGGAAAUUCUGUAGCAGUUGAUGGGCUUGAAUCCUCCGCCAGUGUUUCAGAUAAGGUGAAUGUGAGUACGGAAAGGAAUCCUGAGGACGCAGUUUCUGAUUCAAGUGCAGUGGAUCUAAUGGUGGGCCCUCGUCUGGAUAAUGGAGAAUCAAUUUCUUCUACAAAGGAACUUUCUGAAAUAUCCAAGAAAGCCUCACAAGAAUCUCAUUCAGAAGUAAUUGCAGUGAACAAUCCAGUCUGCUCUGUUACUUUGGCGGUUGAGGGAAAAGCUACUGAAAGUGAUAGAGUUGGCUUAGCUGGGACUCAUGCACAAGUAUCUCGCGAGGGACAGAAUUCUUCAGCAGCGGCCAUGGUUAAAGAUUCUAGUGGUCCAGUGGCAGGUGAAGCAGAGGUCACUGCCCCAAGUCUCUCUAAGGAUGUUUCUCUGGAUUCAACAAGCCAAACUGACAGUCUGGAGGGUCAGUGGGGUUCAGUUUCUGAUCAAUAGAAGGAAAAGCUGGGAUGGAUCGAGGGAUAGCUUAUGAAGAUGUGGAGGCAGAAUGGGUGUCAAAUGAACUGUCAUUUCGAGAGUCAUAGAUGGCUUGACUUCUGACAAUAAUUGGAAAAAUGUGUGUUACUUUGCUAGGACUAGCAGAUUGCCUUUUUUGUUUGUAUAUGUUGCAUUGCACAUGGUGAUAGUUGUAAAGCUUGUUAGGAAACUAAUGCCACAUAAGUAAUAUGUUGUGAGCUAGAUUUGCUGACCCCAAGAGAGCGUAAGCAAAUCUCCUAAGCAUGGAGAUCUGAGAGGGCAUCAUCUGCUGAUGGAGUGGGUGUACGAUGAAUAAUUGGUGCUUUCAUGCUUUUGACAAGGUAGUGGAAUAGACGAGAGGGAUUUCAUGGCCUUGGUAGGUCUCUCAAUCUCUAUCAGGUCCAUUUGUUUUGCUAAGAGAGUAUCAAAGUAGUCUUGAACAAAUAAGUUUCCUUUUUAUGUCUUUGUACUUGCUUUUUCAUGUGUAUACAGAUGAGCAGUAUUUGUUUGAGAGUAAAUCUUCUUUAAGCUAUCCCACAUGGCUUUUGGACUAGGCUGAUAUGUGAGAUUGUGCCCAUUUUUGUGCUAAAGUGAAUUCAUAAUCCAUGUGGCAACACAACUAUAUAUGACAAGCCAAUUGGUGCACCCAUUUUCAUUGGUAGGCUUGGGAAUAGACCCAUUGACAUACUCCCUGAACUUUCUUCUCAUGAGAAAGUGUUGCAUGUAAAAAGACCACAAACCGUAGUUCUUUCCCUCAAGACGCAUAGAGAUAACAACACUCUCAGUAAUGUUCUUGGAUUCCGUGAGAGAAUUGAGUUUGGAGGUUUUGUUGAAGAAAGAAAACUGAAACAACAGAGAACAAAUUUGUCUUGAGAGAUAAAUAACUGGUGAGAAAGUUGAGAUGAUGGCAAUUUUCUCUCAUGAAAAAAUUUGGUACAAUAGCUAGACUUGUGUUAUCAACCAAAAAAAGAAAAAGGACUUAAAUGAGGAUUAAGUAUGGAGGUUCCCUCACUUGAAUGGGCUUCUUGGAGGUAAUGAGAGGUAUAAAAAGUUGUCGAUGAAUGUCCAGCUCGUGAAGCAGUGAAAGAAGGGGUUUGGAUAUGGUUUACUUGUAAAAGGAGAGGUUUCCAAGAUACCAUGUAAUUAUAGUAUCUUAGUGGUGUGAAAUCGAAGUGUUCCCUCCUAUUCCAGUAGAUGUUGAAGAGUUGAAUAGAGGCAUGAGUGAAGAUGAAUCAGGGAGAAGAGAGAGAAUGGAUCAGAGGUCAUAAGGAUGGAGAUUAGGGGGUUUAUUGGAGAGAUGGAAAACGUGAAUGUUGAGAAGCAUACUAAUUGAUUUGUUAGGAGUGGAGCAGAGGAAUAUGAAGAUGAUGUGGCCAAGAACUGUGCUUCUAGCACCCGAUAAUGGCGAUAUUAUAUAUGCAAUAUCAUGCAACUAUAUAUCAUUAGGCUAUGAUAAGGUAUCACCCCAUUGAUCAUAUAAUACACUGAGGAGAUAGGUUAUCCAAAUGUGACGCCAGGUCAGUUCAACACCUGUUCCUGCAUAGUGUGGUCGGAGAUCUUGCUUCACUUCUUGGAGCUAUUUGACAUACAAAUGGAUGCUCUACGGCCUCAAUAAAUUGCCUUUUCAUUCCUGGUUCAUACGGCCCUUUCUCCAAAGUGUUAAUCUGCCAUAGCACAUUAACAUUUUAGCAAUUCUUUGGGCUGUUUGGUUAGAGCUCAAUCAGCAAAUAUUUGAAGGUCGCUACAUUACCAAGUGCGCCUUGAUCUACACCCACCAUCAAGGCCAAUGUCAUGAAUUGGCCAGGAGUUAAGAAAGAAUUCUGGGGUACUUUGGCACUUGACCUCUU